GGAAAAAAGAAGGAAAGAAUAAGAUAAAAGAGCUCACAACGGUUAGAUUUAAGACAGUCGCCACCGCAUCGCUUAUCAGCGAUUAGGUUUUUUUUUUUCUUUCUUUCUUUCUUUCUACCAUUCUCUCUUUCUCUCACUCUCUCCGUUCUGACCGGUCUUAAAUUUCUUUAGAAGAAAAUACAUGCAUCUAUGUUUGAGGAUUGAUCAGGGGAGGUAUAAUUUUUGACAAAUUGGCGAAUUUUAGUUAGUGUGCUCUGAUAGCUAUGGCAUGGUUUAGAGCUGGUGCUAGUGUGGCAAGGCUUGCCAUUAGAAGGACUUUAUCUCAGAGUGGAUCAUACACAGUUAGAACAAGAGUUGUUCCUUCUCAGAAUAGAUAUUUCCAUACCACUGUCUUUAAGUCGAAGGCGCAGGCAGCACCUGUCCCUCGUCCCGUGCCCCUCUCUAGGUUAACCGAUAGCUUCUUAGAUGGAACCAGUAGUGUUUACUUGGAGGAGCUACAGCGUGCUUGGGAAGCCGACCCCAGUAGUGUGGACGAGUCAUGGGACAAUUUCUUCAGGAAUUUUGUCGGCCAGGCAGCCACAUCGCCUGGAAUUUCAGGUCAGACAAUUCAGGAGAGUAUGCGUUUGCUGUUGCUUGUGAGGGCUUACCAGGUUAAUGGUCAUAUGAAGGCUAAGUUGGACCCAUUGGGGUUGGAAGAAAGAGAAAUUCCAGAGGAUUUGGAUCCAGCUCUUUAUGGGUUCGCAGAAGCUGACCUUGAUAGAGAAUUCUUCUUGGGAGUGUGGAGAAUGUCUGGGUUUUUGUCUGAAAACCGUCCAGUGCAGACUCUUAGGUCCAUAUUGACGCGCUUGGAGCAGGCAUAUUGUGGGAGCAUUGGCUACGAGUAUAUGCACAUUGCAGAUCGUGAUAAAUGUAACUGGUUGAGAGACAAGAUCGAAACCCCGACUCCUAUGCAAUACAAUCGUCAGCGUCGUGAAGUUAUUCUUGAUAGGCUAAUAUGGAGUACGCAAUUUGAGAACUUCUUGGCCACCAAGUGGACUACAGCUAAGAGGUUUGGGCUUGAAGGUGGGGAGACUCUGAUUCCUGGCAUGAAGGAGAUGUUUGAUAGGUCAGCAGAUCUCGGGGUUGAGAGCAUAGUUAUUGGAAUGCCUCAUAGAGGAAGAUUAAAUGUUCUUGGUAAUGUUGUUCGGAAGCCACUACGUCAAAUAUUUAGUGAGUUCAGUGGCGGCACAAAGCCUGUAGAUGAAGUUGGUCUCUACACAGGAACUGGUGAUGUCAAGUAUCACUUGGGAACUUCUUAUGAUCGUCCAACCAGAGGUGGGAAGAGAAUUCAUUUGUCUUUGGUGGCAAAUCCUAGUCACUUGGAAGCUGUAGAUCCUGUUGUUGUUGGAAAGACUAGAGCUAAACAAUAUUACUCCAAUGAUGAGGAUAGGAUAAAAAAUAUGGGAAUUUUGAUUCAUGGUGAUGGUAGUUUUGCUGGACAAGGUGUAGUCUACGAAACUCUACAUCUUAGUGCACUGCCGAACUACUCGACUGGUGGGACUAUACACAUUGUGGUGAAUAACCAAGUUGCUUUUACCACUGAUCCAACGGCAGGCAGAUCUUCACAGUAUUGCACUGAUGUUGCCAAGGCUUUAAAUGCCCCUAUUUUCCAUGUAAAUGGAGAUGAUGUAGAGGCAGUUGUUCAUGCCUGUGAACUUGCAGCUGAGUGGCGCCAGACUUUCCAUUCGGAUGUUGUGGUUGAUUUAGUCUGUUACCGUCGAUUUGGACAUAAUGAGAUUGAUGAACCAUCUUUCACACAGCCCAAAAUGUAUCAGGUCAUCCGAAAUCAUCCCUCAUCCCUUCAGAUUUACAAAAACAAGCUCUUAGAAUCUGGACAGGUGGGUGAAGAGGAUAUUAGCAGAAUACAAGAGAAGGUCAUUACAAUCCUCAAUGAAGAAUUCUUGGCCAGCAAAGAUUAUGUUCCUAAAAGAAGAGAUUGGCUUUCAUCUCACUGGGCUGGGUUUAAGUCACCUGAACAGCUUUCACGUAUCAGAAAUACCGGGGUGCAGCCUGAGAUCUUGAAGAAUGUUGGAAAAGCAAUCACUACUAUUCCAGAUAAUUUUAAGCCACACAGAGCUGUAAAGAAGGUUUAUGAACAACGUGCACAAAUGAUUGAAACUGGGGAAGGAAUUGACUGGGCAGUUGCAGAAGCUCUUGCUUUCGCCACUUUGCUUGUGGAAGGUAAUCAUGUCCGAUUGAGUGGUCAGGAUGUUGAAAGAGGUACAUUCAGUCACCGGCAUUCAGUAAUUCAUGAUCAAGAAACUGGGGAGAAGUAUUGCCCUCUGGAUCAUGUUAUCAUGAACCAAAAUGAGGAGAUGUUUACCGUCAGUAACAGUUCUCUCUCAGAGUUUGGUGUUCUUGGAUUUGAAUUGGGUUACUCAAUGGAAAGUCCCAAUUCUCUGGUAAUCUGGGAAGCUCAGUUUGGUGACUUUUCUAAUGGGGCUCAAGUGAUAUUUGAUCAGUUCCUGAGUAGUGGAGAAUCAAAGUGGUUGCGUCAAACUGGGCUUGUGGUGCUUCUACCACAUGGAUAUGAUGGUCAGGGUCCUGAACAUUCAAGUGCACGAUUGGAACGCUUCCUUCAGAUGAGUGAUGACAACCCUUGUGUGAUUCCUGAAAUGGAACCAACUCUCCGGAAGCAGAUUCAGGAAUGUAACUGGCAGGUUGUAAAUGUUACAACCCCUGCUAAUUACUUCCAUGUCUUGCGCCGUCAGCUACACAGGGACUUCCGGAAGCCCCUCAUUGUGAUGGCUCCCAAAAACCUACUUCGUCACAAGGACUGCAAAUCAAAUUUGUCCGAGUUUGAUGAUGUCCAAGGCCACCCUGGAUUUGACAAACAGGGAACCAGAUUUAAGCGUUUGAUAAAGGAUCAGAAUGACCAUUCUGAUCUUGAAGAGGGUAUCAGACGUCUGGUUCUUUGCUCUGGAAAGGUUUAUUAUGAGCUCGAUGAAGAACGCAAAAAGAUUGGUGCCAAGGACGUUGCCAUAUGUAGGGUGGAGCAGCUGUGUCCAUUCCCCUACGAUCUCAUCCAGCGUGAACUAAAACGAUAUCCAAAUGCCGAAAUUGUUUGGUGCCAGGAAGAGCCAAUGAACAUGGGUGCAUACAACUAUAUUGCACCCCGCCUUUGCACUGCCAUGAAAGCACUGGAAAGAGGAUCUGUAGAGGAUAUCAAGUAUGUUGGGCGUGCUCCAUCUGCUGCAACAGCCACUGGUUUCUACCAGGUGCAUGUGAAGGAGCAGAGCGAGCUUGUGCAAAAAGCCAUGCAACCGGAGCCAAUACAUUAUCCCUUUUGAAGCCCUUGCACAUUGUUAAAUACAAAUUUUAAUGAACAAUAAUGCCACAUCACUAGAUACAUCUCUUUUUGAGGAGGCUGGAUAUUGUUUACAAAUGUUCUUCUUUCAUACAUUUCAUUUAGCCAAGGAAUCAUCUUGGUACACUUCUAUACAAGCGGUUUCGCACUUUUGAGGUAUAAUGUGAUGCACUAGUCAAGUGUUUGUCUUUGUAUCGGAUUUGAGAGGUAAUAGAUGGACAAUUGGCUUCCGCCUUUUGUUUUUACUUUUUUGAAA